CCACUUCCCGAACAUAAGUCACAUUUCCACCUACUCUGCAUCAUUCGCGGUGACUUCGGACAACACGUUGGAUGCAAGAUCUCUACCUGGCCCAUUGACGAGGCACCGCCUUACUACGCAAUAUCAUAUACGACAGACAUUACGCUCAACAGCAGUCGUCUCGAGGCGCUGCGUAACUGCAAGUACGCGCUCCAGCAAGCCUUUGCCACCAAAGCCUGUAAAUAUGUAUGGGUGGAUGCUAUCUGCAUUGACCAAACAGCUGAAGAAAAGAAUCACCAAGUCGGAAUCAUGGACCAAAUCUACUCGGGAGCGAAGCACGCUCUGGCAUGCGUUGGA